CGAAGGACACAGCCGACCACGUCAUGGCGAGGGACACAGCCGACCCGCCCAAAUGGGCAUUUGGAUUCCUACCGAUGUCGCCAAGAGGGGGCGAAUCCACUCGCGACGCAGAGGGGAUGACUCUCCGUGAGCGGCAAAUUUCAACAGCCCUGUUUUGGUUCACCUCGUCCGUUCUUACGACCCUUGUUGGCACCAUCGUACUAGUUGCUUUCAUCAUUCCUGCCAGCCAGAAUGAACGGACCCUAAACUGCGAGACAUCGGAAUGCCUCGCCGCUUACAGGUACCUUCACGAGCAGCUGGACUCCAACGUCCACCCUUGCGAUGACUUCUACGGACACGUCUGCCGCAAGUGGAGCAAAAUCCGCGAGGGUGUAGGUUUCCUCUCAGACUCACUCGAUCGCUUCUUAGUCAAGAUAAAAAGGGGAGCACAGUAUUGA